AGGAGAGGAGGAGCAGUCAGCAGGCCCGAGGAGGCAGGACUUCCUGGUGUGGGGGUUGUCAACAGCCCAGAAAGAGAAAAGACGAGCGGCUGAGGGCAGCCGGGGAGCGGAGACAGGUCCAGAAGGACCACGCGGCUGCAGCCUUGCGAGACCCCCACUCGCACGGACCCCCGAGGCCGCCUGGAGCCGCGGGGGGCUGAAACGCUCCUCUCCCGCCAGUGACCGGGAGACCCUGCCGGCUUCGGAGGAAGCUCCUGAGCUGCGCCGAGGAGGGCGCGCACGCAGGCUCCUUUUCUGGCGAGAAAACUUUUCCACGGAGAUGCCUUGCUGGGGGAGGUCCGGCCCCGGAAGAGCACGGGGCUGCCCCUAAUCGCCGCCUGUGGACGGUACUCCGCUGUCCCCCUGCGGGGCCAGGAGGUCGUCGCGGGAAGGGACAGUCAGCUGCACCACCUCGGUGACCGGCGGGGAACUCUGCACCCCCUACCCUGGCUGACUGGCUGAGUUCGGUGAGUUUGCAAACUCAGCUCUGGAGUGUGGCGGCUGCAGCUGCGACAGCAGCAGGAAAAACCUGCCCCUGCCCCCCCUCCUGCCACCUCCCCUACCUUGUUCUGUCACCAGCCAGGCACCCCCCAGUUCCCACCAAGCCCUGCUCUGGACAUGUCGGACUCAGAUGUCCCCAGGGGCCCUGAUGCCCCCGCCAUGUGGCCCCCCUGUUCUAGGGGUGCCUGAGCCCCUUCCUAGAGCCCUGGCUCUCCCCUUCUGCCCCUUGACCUCAACCCAGUCCUGAUCCCGGGGACCAUGAGUGGAGGCAAGAAGAAGAGUAGUUUCCAGAUCACCAGCGUCACCACUGACUACGACGACGGCCCAGGGAGCCCCGGCAGCUCUGAUCCCCCUGCCCCACCGGCCCCCGCCGCUGGGCCCCCACCCCGCCUGCCCAAUGGGGAGUCCACCCCUGACCCUGGGGGUAAGGGAACCCCCCGGAAUGGCUCCCCACCACCUGGGGCCCCUGCCUCCCGCUUCCGGGUGGUGAAGCUGCCCCACGGCCUGGGGGAGCCUUACCGCCGAGGCCGCUGGACAUGUGUGGAUGUUUACGAGAGGGACUUGGAGCCCCCCAGCUUCGGCCGGCUCCUGGAAGGCAUUCGAGGGGCCUCUGGGGGUGCUGGGGGGCGAUCUUUGGAUUCCAGGCUGGAGGUGGCCAGCUUGGGCCUGGUCGCCCCUAUUCCACAACCAGGCCUGUCUCAGGGCCCCACCUCCUGGCUGCGUCCACCCCCUAGCUCCCCUGGGCCUCAGGCCCGCUCUCUCACUGGGGGACUGGGCCAGCUUUCGGUGGGGCCAGGCAGGGCCAAGGUGGAGACACCCCUGUUGUCGGCCUCUCCACCCCAGCAGCGCCUCGCAGAGCCUGGCACUGGGGAUAGCGCUGGCACGUCCCUGGCUACCACGCCCCUGCCCUCCGUAAGGGUAGAUGUGGAGGCCGGGGCUUUGGCAGCAGCGGGGAUCCCUCCAGUGUCCCGAAGGCAAGAUGGAGCUGUGCGACUGAGGAUGGAGUUGGUUCCUCCCGAUGAGCCUGGACAGGUGCCCCCACUCGACUCUCGCCCCAGCUCCCCAGCCCUCUACUUCUUCCCUGAUGCCAGUCUGGUUCACAAGUCGCCAGAUCCCUUUGGAGCCGCAGCAGCCCAGAGCCUCAGCCUGGCCCGCUCCAUGUUGGCCAUCAGUGGUCACCUGGACAGCGAUGACGAUAGUGGUUCCGGAAGCCUGGUUGGCAUUGACAACAAGAUCGAACAAGCCAUGGACUUGGUGAAGUCCCACCUCAUGUUCGCAGUCCGGGAGGAAGUGGAGGUGUUGAAGGAGCAGAUUCGAGACCUGGCUGAGCGGAACGCGGCCCUGGAGCAGGAGAACGGACUGCUGCGGGCACUGGCCAGCCCAGAGCAACUGGCCCAGCUGCCGUCCUCGGGGCUCCCACGGCUGGGACCCCCGGCACCCAACGGGCCUUCCCUCUGAGCCUCUCCCAUCCCUCACAAUGUGCCUUUGGGGGCUGCCGGAGCAGCUGGGAUUUGUGCCAGCUGCCUGCCCCCUCUUCCUAUGCAGCUUUAAUACCCCAGCCCCAGGGAGAUGGGAGUUCAAGGCUGGUAUUGGCCUAUGCCCCUCCCUCCCCAACACCCAAUCUCCCCAUAGUCCCUGGCCUUGAUGGAGGAGGGUGGGCUUUGGGACAGAAUGUUAUCUGGAGUCCCCUCCACACUGCCCUCCCAGGUGUCAGUGUUUGGGGACCCCCAGUAGUAGGCAAAUUGAGGGGAGCUAGAAAGGCUCCCUGGCAGAUACCCAACCCCUAUUUUGUGCCCUUAAUGUGCCCCUCCCCCUGUGUCCUAGGGGAAGGAGUGUGACAGUAUCUGGAAGUUCUGGGAUUCAGGUUGUUAUUAAAAUAAUAAUUAUAAUUAAAAAAAAAAACUGAAGAAACUUGAA